AUGAGUAGACCCUCGUCUUCUUCGCCUGGCGAGAAGCCCAAGAAGGGCUAUGCGGAUGUCCUCAAGACCGAAUUUCCGUCCCUCUCCAACAACGCCCAGAUGAACACCACCGGUCAAUCAAACAUGUGGUCAUCAACAGCAUCGCGGAACCUGGGGGCUGGUCCAGUGCCGCGCAACCAGCAGUCGACGCCGCUGUCGGCUCAAAGCGGCCAGGAUGAGCUCUUCACGCCAACCUCGGCUCGUCAAGGCGCCUUUCGCUUCGGUGGCCAGAGCAGCGCAGGUCCGGCACCUCAGGCGCAGUCCAAUCCCGUGGACGACUUCCCGCCGUUGAACAGAAACUCGAACGGCGAAAUCGGUGGUGAGCGAAGCGCUAGUCUCAUGCCCUCUUUGGGUUUCGGUGGCAGCCAACCGAGUGGCUCAGCCCCUGCGAUACCUCCUGCCCGAAGUGCAGGUGCCGGCAAUGGUCUUCUCAAUGCGCUCUCCGCGAACAGCAGAACCUCAGAUGGUCGCUCACCUUCCAUCGCUAGCGUGCAAGAUCAAGCAAGAAUACAAGAGGCAUCUGCUGAGAGAGGCGGCUCCUUCUCUGAAGAGACUGGUGGCGACAGCGCAUCUCAGUCGGUAGAGACCAGAAACCCCCCUGGAGCCAUUGGCAACGACGCAGUCGCUGGCAACGGCAAGGCCAAAGAGGAGAAGGAAGGCCAAGCACCCGACGUGCAGGACCCUCUGGCAGGAAUGGCGCCCAUCGACAAGUUCGGCAUGAAGGGUCUACGUGUUCUCAUGAACAACUACCCUAGCUACGGCGCCCUGAUGCAGGGAAUGGACCCCAACGAGUUCGGACUCAACGUCAACUCGCCAGAUCUCAUCUCCACGCAGAUCUACUCUCUCUUCGACGACACGCCUCCGCGUCCUGCGAUUCCCAGUGUCCGGCUUCCUGAGUGUUACAAAGUGACUAAUGUGCAGCCUAUUGACACCAAGAUUCCGUCGUUCAACGAAGAGACCCUGUUCUGGAUCUUCUACAGCUGUACACAGGAUAUCAAGCAGCAAUUAGCUGCGGUCGAGCUGCAUAGCCGAAACUGGCGCUGGCACAAGAAGCUGCACUUCUGGCUGACCAAGGACGAGCUUAUGAUGCCCGCUAGCCUUGGUCCCCACCAUGAACGCGGCUACUACAUCGUCUGGGACACCACCAACUGGCGCAAGGAGCGGAGAGAACUCACUCUCCACUACGGUGACCUGGAGACGAAUCUGGUACAACCGGUUGCAUAG